AUGCACAGAGCUCCUAAACACGACCAACAAGGUGGUAGAAGUACUUGGAAUCAAGUUAAAAAUAUAAAUAAAAUUAUUAUUCUAAUAUACAAACGGGAAGUUAUCGAAGAGAGGCGGGAAGAUAUACAACAGAGGUGGGAAGAUAUACAACAGAGGUGGAAAGAUAUACAACAGAGGCGGGAAGAUAUACAACAGAGGUGGAAAGAUAUACAACAGAGGCGGGAAGAUAUACAACAGAGGUGGGAAGAUAUACAACAGAGGCGGGAAGAUAUACAACAGAGGCGGGAAGAUAUACAACAGAGGUGGGAAGAUAUACAGCAGAGGCGGGAAGAUAUACAACAGAGGCGGGAAGAUAUACAACAGAGGCGGGAAGAUAUACAACAGAGGUGGGAAGAUAUACAAGAGAGGCUGGAAGAUAUACAGCAGAGGCGGGAAGAUAUACAGCAGAGGCGGGAAGAUAUACAACAGAGGUGGGAAGAUAUACAACAGAGGUGGGAAGAUAUACAACAGAGGUGGGAAGAUAUACAGCAGAGGCGGGAAGAUAUACAAGAGAGGCGGGAAGAUAUACAGCAGAGGCGGGAAGAUAUACAGCAGAGGCGGGAAGAUAUACAACAGAGGCGGGAAGAUAUACAACAGAGGUGGGAAGAUAUACAACAGAGGUGGGAAGAUAUACAAGAGAGGCUGGAAGAUAUACAGCAGAGGCGGGAAGAUAUACAACAGAGGUGGGAAGAUAUACAACAGAGGCGGGAAGAUAUACAACAGAGGUGGGAAGAUAUACAACAGAGGUGGGAAGAUAUACAAGAGAGGCUGGAAGAUAUACAGCAGAGGCGGGAAGAUAUACAGCAGAGGCGGGAAGAUAUACAACAGAGGCGGGAAGAUAUACAACAGAGGCGGGAAGAUAUACAACAGAGGCGGGAAGAUAUACAACAGAGGUGGGAAGAUAUACAACAGAGGUGGGAAGAUAUACAACAGAGGCGGGAAGAUAUACAACAGAGGCAGGAAGAUAUACAACAGAGGUGGGAAGAUAUACAACAGAGGUGGGAAGAUAUACAACAGAGGCGGGAAGAUAUGCAACAGAGGCGGGAAGAUAUACAACAGAGGUGGGAAGAUAUACAACAGAGGUGGGAAGAUAUACAACAGAGGUGGGAAGAUAUACAGCAGAGGCGGAAAGAUAUGCAACAGAGGCGGGAAGAUAUACAAGAGAGGCGGGAAGAUAUACAAGAGAGGCGGGAAGAUAUACAACAGAGGCGGGAAGAUAUACAACAGAGGCAGGAAGAUAUACAAGAGAGGCGGGAAGAUAUACAACAGAGGUGGGAAGAUAUACAACAGAGGCGGGAAGAUAUACAACAGAGGCGGGAAGAUAUACAACAGAGGCGGGAAGAUAUACAACAGAGGCGGGAAGAUAUACAACAGAGGUGGGAAGAUAUACAACAGAGGCGGGAAGAUAUACAACAGAGGCGGGAAGAUAUACAACAGAGGUGGGAAGAUAUACAAGAGAGGUGGGAAGAUAUACAACAGAGGUGCAAAUAUUUCACGCUGAAAUGUUCGGUGAUGAAGUCUACCCUAUAA